UGAUACUGCAGAGUCGGCCCAAUAACUGAGUCAUUUAAGGUCUGCAACUUCGGCCCAAAUAUUCAGGUCAUAUAUUUAAUAUAACGUGAUUGAUCAUGAUUAUAGCAGUUACUAUUAAAAACUGUAAUUAACCGUACUAGUACGCUGUAUAUAAUCCAAUUCAAAUUCCAUCUCCCAGUUCACUGCUCAGGACACAGCAAGGUCCAGUGAAUUUUUUUAAAAAUCUCCCGCCAAAAAGAAAAGCGAAAAUGAAAGAUAAUAAUCAAACUCCAAAAAAGGAAGACAUAGCGAAUCGCAGAACCAAGGAGUCUCGUUUAACGAAGUCCCAGAAGAUUGUUAAGAGAAGUUUGAACGCUGCGUAUCCUCCGGUUUCUGAAGAUGUUUCGACCGAUACAACUAAAGACUUGACUGAUUUCUCUUCAAUUUCUGAGAUCUCUGACGCUAAUUGUAGCACUCAAAUCGCUCAGAGCUCUGAGUUGGAUUCAGCUUCCUCAGAAGCAUUUUCUCUCUGUGAUAUUACUCCAACUUCUAAGAUUGCAACUAACUAUGAUCAUCAUGCCAAUGCGUCUUCGGAGCAUUGUAAAUUUCACAAACUAGACCAUUCGGUUGAGGUGGAUAUCGUGUCAGAUUUUCUCAAACAAGCUGGAAAUCGGGUGUUAAACUCGAAUGAUGUGGAUCGGCAGUCUAAGAAGCUUUUAGAUGGAUUACUUAAGGUUGUUCUAGAUGAAUGCUAUUCUUUGCCUGAAGAGAGAGACUGCUACGAUGAACUUGUUUCUGCAAAACUUCGUAUUGUAUUUCUCUGCUUCUUCAUUUGGAGCUUUGCAUCUCUGAUAUUCUUUAGUUUGCGAUCGGGUAGCUCUUAUAGUGGAUUGCCGCCAACUUGAAUUGCCACAAGGAAGAGGUAUUAAAAGAAAACAAAUUCACCUAUGAAGACAAAGGCAAAUAAACCAUAAAAUUGGGCUGAUGCAGAGUGGAACCAGAUGAAGUCGUACCUCCAAGUUUUAUUCAGUAUGUACACGAAUACCUUAAGGUUUGACCCUUGAUACGCUUGAAACUUAGAUAUAAAUCAAAUUGGCGUUGAAAUUGAAAACCUCAACGCUACUGUUAAAGUUUUUUGUUCCUUGAACUCUAUCGCCGCGCGAACUCUCUUUCCACCGCUAAUAAUGUUAGUUUAAUUGAGACGAUGGAACUAAUCACUGAUUAGAAUUCCAUUGGACCAAAAUUUGUAGACAUGUAUCAGAUAUUCUUAGAUUAUAUUCAAAAGCCACUAAGCCUUUGGCCAAGUGUAGCUGUUUACACUUUUAUUUAGCUUCCGGUGUUUGGAGGGGCUCGAGCUAUACGUGGCCAAGGUUGUGGUCCAAUGAGCCAUGAGAUCCAGGACAUGUGGAUGACACCCUUUUAACUGUCGGCCCUUUCACUUGUCAUCGGCGGAUGUAGGGUGUCAAAAA